CUACUAUGCGAUGUUUUGAAAAGCUUAUCAAAUUAACCAUACACAAUAGAAUAUUUAUUCACCCAAUAAGCAUCGAGUGUCUUUUGGGACGACACAUAUAGCUCGCAUGGUCAUCUCAAUGUUGACAACAAAUUUAUUAAUAUAAUAAUAGUAAUAAUAUCAAUAAUAAUAUAUUAUUUCUAAAAAUAGAAAAAUAACCCAAAUAUAGUUGAUAAAAACUGUAAUAAUAACGAUUAUGUGAUAAACCAAAUUUGUUGGUUAUCCUUGUCCAUAAUUUUCUGUCAGUUGACGGUUGUAAAUGUAUGCGCGUUCGUGUUGUUUUAUUGCUUAAUUUUACACUAUUUUACUAUUUUAGUAUAUAAACAAUUUUAAGAAGAACAAAAAAUAUGGACGGAACAAAAAAACAGUGGGUCAUUGGAUAUUUUAAAGAAGAGCAUAAAUAUUCUGUAAUUCCAAAUGAAUGGCUAGUUAAUACAGUAUUAAACGGUGUCACUAGUUAUUUUUGUAAAUGGCCCCCACACAGAGUAACGACAAUGAUGCUAAUGAAGGGUGGUAAAACAUCCGAAAAAUGGAAAAAAUACCCAGUUAGAAUAAUAGGAACAUUUGAUUCCUAUGAAACUGCCGCAGCAAAAGAAAUCCAAAUAUAUAUGUCUGAAUCAGAAAACGAUGAAGACAUUUUGAGGCGAGGGAAAAGGUUAAAGGUUGAUAAUAAAAAAAAUACUCAAUCGUUGGAUUUUAAUAAUGACAGUAGCAACUCAAGCCAAGAAGAAUUUGUUCCUAUGGGUGUUUAUAAAAAUUCAGUUUCUGUUAAUGGUGAAACAUCAAAUUCUAUUAUGUCUUGUAGUAAUUAUAAUAACAUUAUAUCGAGUAAGAUAAUAUUUAUAGAUUUGGUAAAUAGUAAUUAGUAUUAACGGUAUAAAUACAACAUAAUUAUAUGAUUUUUCACCUAAAAGUAACUAAAAUCAGGAUAGCAUAAAUUUUUGUUUAUUUUUAUUUUAGCUGAUUAUAAAGCAUUAUGUGGUGCUGUUGAAUCUUCAUUAAAUUGUACUUCGUUGCUAAGUGAAAAUCAUUUUGACAAUACCACUGCUACCAUUCAAG